UCUCUAAAACUAAAAAUCUGCACUUGUCUGACUGGUCGGAUCGGCAGCCAGGUGUGCGUGUGUUGAAAAACUUGCCUGUUGGUAUGCGGACACACCUGUUUCCAGGAGGUUUUCCACUCCACUUACGGAGUGGAAGAGAACCGAGAAAAAAACAUUCGAGAAAAGACACGGACAGAAAAGAGAUAUACAAUGUCAUUUCCUGGUGAAUUCCUGUCAGAGGAGCAGUUUACCUGUUCCAUUUGCCUAGACGUCUUCACCAAUCCUGUCUCCACACCCUGCGGCCACAGCUUCUGCUCAACAUGUAUCACUUCCUACUGGGAAGGCCAGGGAAAAAGCUGCUCCUGUCCCUUGUGCAAGGAAAGCUUCCGCAAGCGCCCUGAGCUCCACAUCAAUCACACGCUCCGGGAGAUCACAGAGCAGUUUAAGCGGAUGGCGGAGACCACGAUGAGCGCGCCCAGAAGUGCACCUGCAGAUUUACCCACCAACCCUUUCUCUGCAGCGAAGCCUGGAGGGCAGCUCAGACUGGUAGAGCUACCCAGUGGGCUACUGCCAGAGAUGAAGAGCCGCUUCCAAAGAUCACCAUCCAGUGAGCCUUUGGCAAUCCCUGAUGCUCAUUCUCUCCAUCCGGCCAAGACAACUAAACGGAACUUAAGUGUGCGUGGGGUGAGUGGAGCAGGUUCCAAUGGGCCACAGUGUUCCAGACAUGGCUAUAGUUUGGAGCUGUUCUGCAAGACUGACCAGACAUGUAUUUGCAUAAUAUGCGCAGAGAAGGAACAUAAUGGGCAUUCUGUGAUGGAUGCCAAGAGAGAGAUGAAUAUUAAGAAGUCCCAGUUGCGUAUCUUGGAGGUGGAGCUACAAGGAUUGAUCUCAGUCAGAGAGAGGAAGAUAGAGGAGAUCCAAACAUCACUUGCAGAAAUUCAAGUGAUUGCAGAAGAAGAGAAAGUAGGAACAGUGAGUUUGUUUGCUGAGUUGAUGAAAGCUAUCGAGAAGUCCCAGGCUGAACUUCUGGAGGUGGUGGAGAUGGGACAGCGGGCUGCCGAACUUCGCUCUCAGGCCUUCAUACGUGAGCUGCAGACGGAGAUCUCAGAACUUAAACAAAGAUGCAGCAACCUCAACCAGCUAACCCAAUCCCAAGAUCACCUUACCUUCUUCAAGACAUAUCCAGCCUAUAGUAGUUUACCUGUGACAAAGAGCUGGGAAGAAGUGGCCUUGACCCCUGACCCCACUGCAGGGGCAGUGCUGAGGAAUGUCACUCGGAUGGUGGAGGAGGUUCAGGAAAGGCUCAGGAGACUGUCAGCGAUCUGUUUGCACACUUCCACUGAAAACUCACAGGAAAUAUAUCAACAAAAAGUGUGGAGAGUACCGGAAUAUGCAAUGGACGUGACCUUAGAUCGAGACUCAGCCCAUCCACGUCUGAUCAUCUCUGAGGAUGGUAAACAGGUGCGCUGCAGUGACCGCUACCAGAUGGUGCCAGACACACUAGAACGGUUUGACCGUGUGGUGUGUGUACUUGGCCGUCAAGGUAUCAUCUCUGGCUGCCAUUACUGGGAGGUCUUGGUGGGUGAGAAGACGGACUGGGAUUUGGGCAUUGCCAGCCGCUCUAUCAACAGGAAAGGAAAAAUAGCCGCAAACCCAGCUAAUGGAUUUUGGUUCCUAAGUUUACGUGACAAGAAUGAAUAUGUCUUUCGCACAGAACCACCAACACCUAUAAACAUAAACCCAAAACCGCAGAGUGUCGGAGUGUGUGUGGACUAUGAGAAAGGUCAAUUGUCCUUUUAUAAUGCAGAGACAAAGUCACUGAUAUUUUCCCUCACAGACUCUUUUACAGAGACUUUAUAUCCUUUCUUCAGCCCAUGCACCAACAAAUCUGGCAAAAAUGAGGCACCCCUUAUCAUAUGGCCUGCCUAUCCAGCUGACCCAAGCUGGCUGACUGAAAAAUGAAAGAAUAGUGGGAUGGAAACAAAGAAAUAUAUCUCACAGGUUAUUUGCUUAUUUACUUUAGUUGUUUAAGUCCAAUCCUAAUUAUACAAAUAUAUCAUUUUCAAUUAUAAUUAUUUAAUUUUUAUUCAAUUUAAUUGUCAAUCCAUGUGAUCAUAUGGCUUAAUUGCUCUAUAUAUGAACAUUAAUUAACAUAACAUUAAACAGUUCAUCUUAUACCUAGUGAGAUUGCCAAGGUUUAAAAUUGAAAUUUAAUUUGACACUUAAUAGAACAUUGGUUGGUGAUGUUAUAUGAGUAAUGAUUGCAUAAUAACCUCCCUUUUAAUUUGUAUUUAACCAAGCUUAAAAAUGUAUCCUGUUAAAAUAUGUGUUUUGUACAUUAUAAUAAAACAAAAAAUAAAUGUGCAGUUGAACCAGUUGAGACGUAUUCUCUGGAGUGACCAAUCACACUUCUCUGUCUGAGUCUAGGUUUGGCGGUUGCCAGGACAACGGUACUUGCCUGACUGCAUUGUGCCAAGUCUAAAAUUUGGUGGAGGGGGGAUUAUGGUGUGGGGUUGUUUUUCAGGGGUUGAGUUUGGCCCCUUAGGUUCAGUGAAAGGAACUCCUAACGCUUCACCAUAAGACAUUUUGGACAAUUUCAUGCUCCCAUCUCUGUGGGAACAGUUUAUGGUUCCUUUCUGCUGGUGUCUCUUCGGUGACUUUGGGUAUUCCUGUGCACCCAGGAACCCUGCAUCUUCCCUUCUUGUAAGACAUUAUUUGCCAUUGUAAAGUAUUGUUCAAGACAUCCUUAAAAAGUACCCCUUAUCGCACAACAUUGCCCUGAGGCAAAAAAAAAAAAAAAAAAGAGAAAAACUGAAUUUGUAAACAUCCAAAAUAAAAUAAAAAACCUGCCAAAAGGCUUCUCUACACCUUCAUACACACAUAUUUGUAUGUACUUAUUUUUAUGUCAAUGCAGUGUGGCGGACAGC